CCCAAGCCACCGACUUUCUUUCCCCUUGAGAAACCCGGUGGGAUCUUGAUGAAUUUCUCUUCCUUUCUUGUUAAAUCACAAGAUUUGAGGCUUAGAAUCUUCCCUCUCAACCCAGAAAAUCCCGGAUCUGCUCUGCUCUUCUCCCUGCCCGCCGGCUGCUAUGUGGGUUUGAAUUUCUGGGCAUUUUUCGGGUAAGCCACAGCCAAGAAAUCAUCUCUUUAACCUUGAUUUAGGCUGGACUCGAAAAUCAAGGGGAGUGACGUGAUAAAAGGCUAGCCACUUGAGAUUUGACAUAGAUUUUAGAUACAUGUACACCACGCUCUUGUAAGUUAGAUUUUAAUUGGAAAUUUUAUGGUAUCAAAAUUGAUUUUGUUCAGUAAGUUCCGAGCCUUGUGCAUUUGUGGGACCCGUCUCACGAGUGCACGGCGUCUAUCACGCCUCGGAUUUGGGUUCUGGGGCGUGACACUUAAUGAGAUGAAUUAAUUCAUAAUAAAAAAAUAAAAUAUGU